UUGCUUCUUAUGUUAACCAUGUAUAUACAUGUACAUGUAUGCGUGUAUAUAUAUAAUCGUUCUGUAUUAUUUGGAAAUGAUGGAGUUGCUCCAGUGGAGUUUCUCUUAUAAUGAAACCCGGUGGAGCGAUUUGUCGAGUACGAAUCCGGCAUAUAUCCUUACACAAGGAUGCAUUACAUUGAUGUUUGAAUGAACAAAAAUAGUUGAAUGGGCACUUACCUUGCUUUGGGAUUGAAUGUCAUGUCAGCAUCUAGAGGGGGUCUGUAAAUGUGAUCACAGCAGGAUUUCAAUUUUAUUGGAGCAAACCUCCGGUUUAAGUCUUUGUUUUGACGCAGGAACUUAUACUAAGGGAAAACGAGCUUCUAUCAGGGCUCGCCAUCUUUCUGCAAAAAAAACUUCUAUUGCAAUGGAAAUAUUCAUGCCUUCCUGUUCUCCUGCCACUCACACAGAUGGCAUCAUCCUGCAUUUUCUUCACUCGAUCAUGUUACUUCUCACACUUCCUCACUGGCUGGUGGGGGGACCUUAUCAAAUUAUCAUGCCAUGCUCUUCCAUUUCUGAACUUCCUGCUGUCUGAAUGGCCAACCAUGCUUUGCAAAUGAUGUCUCAGACCUGAAUAACUUGGAAUUUUAACCUUUAAUAUGUCACCAUCUUGAUUUAAGUUCAUCAUGCAACGCUUCUACAUCCUUAUGUGCAUCAGCCCCUUCCUUCACAUGUAUGCAGGAUUUGCCUUUGUUUAUUACGAGGAUGAACGUGAUGCUGAAGAUGCUAUUCGUGAACUUGAUAAUAUUCCUUUUGGUUAUGACCGACGGCGACUGUCUGUGGAGUGGGCUAAGGGUGAACGUGGUCGACGUGGUGAUGGUUCUAGAUCAGUGACAAAUCAGAGACCCACCAAAACCUUGUUUGUUAUCAACUUUGAUCCAAUCCGUACUAGGGAACGAGAUAUUCUAAGGCACUUUGAGCCAUAUGGGAAGGUUCUUCAUGUUCGCAUUAGGCGAAACUUUGCGUUUGUUCAGUUUGCAACACAAGACGAUGCUACCAAAGCUCUCGAGGCUACACAAAGGAGCAAGUUACUAGACAGAGUCGUGUCUGUUGAAUAUGCUUUAAGGGAUGAUGAUGAGAGGGAUAACAGAUACGAUAGUCCUAAAAGAGGAGGUCACGAUAGACGUAGAGAUAGUCCAUAUGGGAGGUCCCCAAGUCCUGUAUACCAUAGGCGACAAAGUCCUGAUUAUGGUAGAGCUCGUAGUCCUGUUUAUGAACGUUAUAAUGGUCCUGCUUAUGACAGACGCAAAAGUCCUGAUUACGGGAGGCAUAGGAGUCCUGAAUAUGGCAGAUACCGCAGCCGAUCACCUGUUCGAAGGUCCCGAACAUAGAAGGGCAUCAGAUUAACGGUGAAAAGUAUUUCGUAGCUCUAUGCCUAGCUUUCUAUGUAUUUUGGUAUGUACUUUAAGAACCUAUUGUUCAUGUUAAUAUAUGUACUUGGCUUGGAUUAAAA